UAAUAUCCAUUUUUAUAUUUCAAUUCUGUUGCCAUAAUGGGGUGUUUCCGUUGUAAUAGUCGUUUUUGCGUGAAUUUAGCUGGAGUUAUUACAAUUAUAGAAAGUGUAUUUGGUAUAACCUGGAAUAUAUUUGCUAUUGUUAUCAUUCGGAAACCAUACGUGUCCUUUGGUUAUGAAAUAUUGGAUGAAAUAGCUGAAGAUUUUUCGUCUGUAGAAGAUAAAAUUAUUGUUUACAGACUAUUAGUGUUCAGUGCUAUAUUAAAUGGGGUAUGGUGUGCUGCUUCGGUGUUUUUAUUAAUAGGGAACAAGUUGAAAUCAAUCUGCUUAAUUACCCAAUGGAUAAUCACAAUGAUACUGGUUUUCCUUGGGAAUUCGUCUGCAACAAUAUAUUUCGGUUACAAAGCAUGGGUGGACGUAAAGAUGUCAGGAUAUACAUUUUUAGAAGUUUGUAAGGAUCUGUUUAAACUGGACAACGUCACUCAUAUCAUUUUAUUUAUAUUUUUUUCACGUGGAUUCAUAUUAAUAUUUCUAAAUGUUGUGUUUAUUAGCAUUGCUUGUUCGAGGUGUAUUACAAUUCACAACAGAAGAAACCAGAAAAUAUCUUUGUUACCGUGCAGCACAGUAGAUAAAUAUUUAGACGAUAAACAAAACUCGUUCACAGGAUCGCCUGAGAGUUGUUAUGGUUCAUACACUUCAGAGAAAGAUACGAAAUUAUAAUUAUGCUUUUUCUUUUCAAAGAAAUGUUUUUAAAAUUUAUGAAAGUGUUUUUUUUUUCAUUUAACUGUGUUUAAAUUUCUAUUAACUUUAAAAUUAAAGCUUGUGUACAUUUCUCUUCUACUCCUUCAAAUCUUGUAAUCGGGAGUUUUCCAGCAUUAUCAGAUUUAUUUAUAUAAUAAAGUAAAAGUAUUUUUAUUUAAAUAUAAUAAAUGGCUUAA